UCUGUAAGGGCUUUGACGCACGGCUUUUAAGUUUUGUAGUUUACUUCAGAAUAUAUUGUAUUUACAAUAAUUUAAAUGAAUUAAAUUAUAUAUAUCUUGUUGCGUAAGAAUUAGAUAUAUGAUUUUAAAGAAAUAAACUAAAUUUUUAACAAUUACAAACAAAAUGUCUUUCAAUGGAUUUUUGGAAUUUUUUCAAAAGGGAAAGACUUUUCGGCCAAAGAAACGUUUUACAGCUGGAACUAUUCGAUAUUCUUUACAUAAACAGGCGCAGGCUAGUCUACAGUCAGGAAUAAAUCUACGUCAAGUUGUCAAGCUACCGGAAGGAGAAAAUAUUAAUGAUUGGGUUGCCGUUCAUGUUGUUGACUUUUUCAAUCGAAUUAAUUUGAUAUACGGCACUGUAUCAGAGUACUGCAAUGAAACAACCUGUCCAACUAUGUCAGGAGGUUCAAGAUAUGAAUAUCUUUGGGCGGAUGGUGAAAGUUAUAAAAAACCCACACCUUUGCCUGCACCAAAAUACAUUGAGCUUUUAAUGGAUUGGAUAGAAAUACAAAUCAAUAAUGAAUCUGUUUUUCCUAUAACAACAGAUGUACCUUUUCCACGAACGUUUAUAUCUCUUUGCCGAAAAAUAUUAACUCGAUUAUUUAGAGUAUUUGUCCAUGUAUAUAUACACCAUUUUGAUCGAAUUGUCAGCAUUGGAGCUGAAGCACAUGUGAACGCUUGUUAUAAACAUUUCUAUUACUUUGUUCAAGAAUUCGACUUAAUAUCGGGUAAAGAACUUGAACCCUUACACGAAAUGACAUCGAGGAUUUGCAAAGAUAAAGAAUGAUUAGAUCAACAAAAUAGUAAAUAAAAUGGUGGAUUCUUAGUAUAAUAUUUAAAUUACAUAUAUAAAACUACUAAAAAUAUCUUCAAGACUUAAAAAUAGUUUGCAAAUACGAGUUAAAAUGUUGUAGUAAAUGUUCUUAAUCCAUAAACUGAUGGUAAUUUAUGCUUCUUUUAGUUAUUAACUAUAUGGAGAUAUUGUUUUGUAUAUGUUUAGUUCCGUAGCGGUGUGGGAGUGAGUUUCCAGAGCUAAGCCUACUCCAAAUUAAUUAACUAUAUUUAUAUAUAUUUUUAUUCAUUAUUAUUGUAUCAUGACUGUUUAAUUAAAUUCUUUAAUUAAAAUUAUCUGAAAGUUCAUCCCGAAGUUAAUUUGUGGCUACAGACCUGAUUAACAUGAAUCUACUGCAACAGUGCUUUUUAAGCGUUUAGUUCUUCCCAUAUGCCAAAAUCAUUAAGGCUUCCUGAAGGAACAACAAACAAAAACUAUUAUUAUUAUAAACCAAAAAUUGUAACUUAAAAUAAUUGUAACUUAACAUGCUAAUAUGAGAAAAAUAUGUGAAAGUUAUUUCCAUAUACACCUAAUGACUAGUUCUAAAACAUUAGUCUGUUUUUAAUGAUUUCUAUUUGUUAAUGAACAAACAUAGUUAAUCGCUUAAGUAUCAAAA